GGGAAGGACAGGGAUUUCCCCCCCAGGUCCAUUUUAACCGUGACGUUAACUAGAUCAAAAGUUCUUGUGUGGAAUUAACGGUCCCACUCGAUGUUGGACGCCUAACAGUUCAAGCUGGUAAGGUCUCUUUUAUUGGCUUUACAAAAAGAAAACAUUUGAAAAUGUAGGGCCAGAUAGUCAAACAGAAUAUUUUGAUGUUAGUUUCAGCAUUGAUGUUUUUUUUGUUAGUGUAGGCCUACCUUAGGAGGAAAGUAGUGAAUUAAUGAUUUAUCUCAUUGAACCUUAGUCUUGGGAGGAAAGUAGUGUACCAGAGGUGGAAAUUAUAUGCACUUACAUUAUAUAGCUACAGUAUGCAGGCACGGCAGUGGUUACAUGUACUAAUACUAUAUAGCUACAAUAUGCAGGCACGGCAGUGGUUACAGGUACUAAUACUAUAUAGCUACAAUAUGCAGGCACGGCAGUGGUUACAUGUACUAAUACUAUAUAGCUACAAUUUGCAGGCACAGUAGUGUUUAUGAGGGAUAUAUCCAUAAUAUAUCAUUUCAUUGUAAUGAAAAAUUAAUGAUUUUUUAAAAUAAAAUGAGAUUAAAAAAAAGGUAAGUCGUACGUGUCUUCUCUGUCACGAUAUUUUACCCCCAUGACAGAUCCAGGGAAGGUCACGAUAUUUUACCCCCAUGACAGAUCCAGGGAAGGUCACGAUAUUUUACCCCCAUGACAGAUCCAGGGAAGGUCACGAUAUUUUACCCCCAUGACAGAUCCAUGGAAGGAUUAUUAUAAGCUAAACAUUAUAUCACUAAUGAUGCUUGUCUUAUGUCAUAAAUUAAGAACCAGGUGACCCCCAAAUUAAAGAGAUGUCGGUUCACGGAGGAGAUAACUAUCCAUCCCUUGUAUUUGUGACUACCAUUUGGCUGAGCGUCGUUCUACACAUUGUCGGAGUGGCCACGCCGGAGUGGUCAUCUUAUCAUACACCCCAGCUCUCAGCAACAUACGGCCUGUGGGGAUACUGCGUGAAUGGCAAAUGUGGAGAAUACAGAUAUGCGGGGAAACUGCGUACGUGGAGUGAUGAAAUCUUUAUUAUUUGUACAUUAAUUCUAGAAUGGCGCAGCACGAUUAUACCAUCAUAUUCAACAUGAAGCCAUUAGAUUGUGCUACAACAGUUCAAAUAACAUUAGUGCUGAACAUAAUCUACCCAAACACAAUACUUUAAAAUAGGACCCGCAUUUAUUUCGUGUUCUGUUAUAAUUAAAAAAUGUUUUGGGGUUUAAUAAUUACCAAGAUGAAUAACAAUAAUAAAAAAAUUAAUAUGGAUCUUUGUUUCUCCAUUAAUGUUUAGCCCCACCAAUGGAGUACAGCCUAAAGGUUUGUGAAGUCUUCGCCGUUCUAGGACUGUUGGCCAGUUUUCUUGGGUUAGCCAUGGCCACGGUAGCUCUUCUAUUGCCGAUGAUGGGGAAACCCAAGAGUGCCAUGUUUCCUGUGAUUUCAUUGCUUAGUUGUGUGGCGACAUGUAAGUUAAAAAUAAAUAAAUCCCUUUUUAGAAUAAUAAUUAUGAUGAUUUUUAAUUAAGAAUUCUUAACCUCAGAAUUGUUUAGUUCAGACGUGCACAACUCAAAAUGUGAGGCGGGCCGUAAUACUUUAUGAAAAACUUGUGCGGGCCGAAAGAAAAUAGGACGGGGUGGGGGGGGAUAAAGAAAAUAAUAAUGAUAAAAAAAGAAUUUUUCGUGACUUCGUGGGCAGCAGAGUGAGUAGGCCUACUGGCGGGCCGCAUGCAGUCCGCGGGCCAUAUGUUGUGCAGGCUUGUGUAGUUAUAUAAAGGCGCUUCAUUCUUUGUUUUCAAUGUUCCAAGUAAUGGUGGGUGUUUGACCUCUGCAAACUGGCAGGUUUAUCAGAUGAUCCCAUACGCACCAUAUCGUGUAGACUAUCCAUUAUCUGUUUCCGUACAGCUCACUACCCCAUAUGGAUUGCUAAUCCAACCAUCGUCACAUUUGAUCACAACUGCCUCGGGAACAAAUUAAUCACCCUAUCGACGCUCCAGCUAUAUAUUCACGUAGGCAGCACCACUCUAGCCCAGCUAUAUAUUCACGUAGACAGCACCACUCUAGCCCAGCUAUAUAUUCACGUAGACAGCACCACUCUAGCCCAGCUAUAUAUUCACGUAGACAGCACCACUCUAGCCCAGCUAUAUAUUCACGUAGACAGCACCACUCUAGCCCAGCUAUAUAUUCACGUAGACAGCACCACUCUAGCCCAGCUAUAUAUUCACGUAGAAAGCACCACUCUAGCCUAGCUAUAUAUUCACGUAGACAGCACCACUCUAGCCCAGCUAAAUAUUCACGUAGACAGCACCACACUAGCCCAGCUAGAUAUGCACGUAGACAGCACCACACUAGCCCAGCUAGAUAUUCACGUAUAUAGCACCACUCUAGCCUUCUUUUUAAGGGUGUAGCAAGGUAAGUGGCACCUGGGUCUGGCCAGGGUUGGCGCCACCCUCUACUAAAAAAAACCUCUGAAGUUGGGUCAAAAUGCCAUUGUUCAAUAGAAAGAAAAAUAGUGCCUCCCGGGGGCCUCCACCCCAUCCCCUCCCGGGGGCCUCCACCCCAUCCCCUUUUAACGCCGCUGCUUCUAGCCACCUCGAGACAUUUCAUCAUUAAUCAGUGUCAAGGCUAUAUAACGUCAGUGUCAAGGCUAUAUAACGUCAGUGUCGAUGCUAUAUAACGUCAUUGUCGAUGCUAUAUAGCGUCAGUGUCAAGGCUAUAUAACGUCAGUGUCAAGGCUAUAUAACGUCAGUGUCAAGGCUAUAUAACGUCAGUGUCGAUGCUAUAUAACGUCAGUGUCGAUGCUACAUAACGUCAGUGUCAAGGCUAUAUAACGUCAGUGUCAAGGCUAUAUAACGUCAGUGUCGAUGCUAUAUAACGUCAGUGUCGAUGCUAUAUAACGGGAUAUGGAAUAUUUAUUGUUGUUGUUCGUCCGUCGAAGAUUGACUUGGACCAUCGAGUCGUCCAGUGUUGGAUGACUGAUGACUUGCGCGGGUGACUUUUGUUUAAAGUGAGGAAGAGUUGCGCGGCGUCAACCUCACUCUCUCGUCCGGGCCCACCAUGUCCAGUGGAAAGACUAUAUAUGUCCAGACGACCAGGGAUGGGUACGGAUGCAGGAGUUGUCGGAUUGCAUCAUUGUAUACGCCUUACGGGACUCCAUCUCCGGGUUUGAAGUCAGAGCUUCCUUCUCUUAGAUGAGUUGCCGACCAAGGUUAACGAGUCCCAUCCACCCGGGGUGCUGGUGAUGUUUUUGCUUGAAUUCGCUGGAAUUGAACUCCAGAUCACUUGAGGUUUGCUCAGUUUAGACCAUUCGGCCGUUCGGCCACCCAGUCAUCCAUUCAUGGGAUACAUAACCUUAAUAAACUCGACCAGCUUUUUUUGAAUGCCUUUGGAAUAAUAUCAAAUUAUUUUUUUUCAACCCAAAAUCCUCUGUUUUAUUUGAAUACAUUGUUUGGUAUCAUUACUAUUUUAUCUCCGUUCAUUUCACAUCUUAGAUUUCACAAGCCCCAAACUUUUGAACGUUUAACAAGAUGGGGAACAUCAAGAGAUGGUAGAUUCGUUGGUUUGAACUCUCCCGUUGGAGCGCCCUGUCUGUCCCUGGCUGUCUACUGAAAUGUUACAUUCUUUUAAUGGGACCCAGCUAGUGCUCUCUUAUGGCCCCAAAGGAAGCACUUUACAAGGCGUGCCACAUCUGCUGGGCACCACCUUCAAUCAGACUUUCAACGUGGACGUCUCGGGGAUUCCCCUCCACUCGUUAGUAGCGGGCACUCGGAUAGUAAGUGCACCACUGUCUCCGGCGCCUGUCCACAAUGACGGCAGCUCGGGUCCCGAAGCGGAGGUCAUGUGAUCAACUAGCUUCGAGUAGGGCAAUGGUCUGUUCUCACCUGGGUGGUGAGGCUCUGGUGCUCGCGUUUUAAAGGCCACCACUGAUCUGCCUUUCUGUUUGAGUCUGUCAUUGUCCGGUCAAGUUGACGGGCUGUCUCGCCGUUUCCCCAAUUCUUCAACCACACCUCUGGGACGAGGUCUUUUAGCCAAGCCUUGACCCAAACCUGGGCCAUUGAACUGUCUAGUUGUGGCUGGGCGGAGCCUUGUCUCGCAAGAUAGAAAUAGUCGAACAAGGUAUAUGGAAGCCUGAAUCAGAAGACAGGACCAAUGAAAAUACGACAAGAUAUAGAGUAUAGUAAAAAAAACUUAAGUGUUCACCAUUGCUGCUACCAACAUGUCUAUGCACUAGUUGAACAUGAUUUUGUUUCUCUCAAAAUUCAACGUUUUUUAUUUUUAUUUUGUUUCAGUCAUUUUCAUCCUGAUAGCCACCAUUGUGUGGCGUGUAAAGAUGAAUAACAUUUUCAUUGUGGACUUUCAAAUCGGCUACUCCUUUAUCCUGAGUAUCAUUGGUGGUAUCAUGAUAUGUAUGGGCGGCGUGCUAUUCUAUUUAGCUAACAGAGGUGUUUCUCACAAUUAUAUACCGAUAGUCUAAACUCUAAACUAUAAUUACAUAACUAUAACCAUAUGCACCGGAAGAUAUUUAAAGUUAAAUAUUAAAAUACCCCAGCACAUGGAAAUUUUUUUUUAUUAAUAUUAAAUAUUAAUACACAACUGCAAUCAAAGUGAGAGA